AUGAGGCGGAAACAUAUGUUGGCAAUCGUGACUGGAUUCUUCGAGACAUUUUUGUUUUGCGGAGUUAUAUUCGGCUGGCCCUACCUGCUUGGAAUACUAGAGGAUCUUCGAAUAUAUAAUGACUUAUGUAAAACGGAUCAAGCAACAAUUUUUUUGCCAAAUACCACGUCAAGACCACAGCAAUCUAUAAGCACGGAAUAUGACCUACAGCAAGCAUACGCUACCUCACCAGCUGCACCAAGCACUUGUCCGAAGCAGCAGUCGGCGCUAAACCUUGCUUUUGUUCUGGCAACAUCGGUAACCAAGAUAUUACUCCUACCAUGCGGUUACAUAUAUGACACAUACGGUACUUGGGCGACUCGAACGCUUGCGACAAUCAUGUUCGUUUCUAACUGUAUACUAUUUGCUGUUAUAAACAUGCAGCAAUCGUGGGUAAUCUACCCAUCAGCAUUAUUGAUGUGUAUAAGUGGUGAUAUAUUGCUUAUGUCCAUGGUUCAGUUGUCCUACCUUUCGCCGAAACGAAGCUCGUUCAUCAUGAGUUUAAUUAUCGGUGCUUACGACGGAUCUGCAGCAGUAGCGCUGGUGCUAAAAUCAGUUUAUGACCAAGGUAUAUCUGUACAAGCUAUCUUUAUCGCCUACAGUCUGCUUUCAGUGUUUUCCGUAACAAGGACACUCUUUCUGACUCCAAAGUACCGGUUUCCCAGAAACGUUCCAGCAGAUAUAGUUUAUGGCAUUAGAGAACUAAAUUGCUGCUCGGAGUCGCCGCAAAGUCCAGAAAACUUAGCACAUCUCAGCAGCAACCCGCCAUUUCAUUUAUGCUCAUCAGAGUGCCGGUCGGAGUUACGUUCGUUUCGGCAAGGGCUGUGUACAGUUUAUUACUGGGGACAUAUCUACUUCCUUGUAUUGGGGAGAAUGCUGGAACUGUUCUUUAUUUCAACUGUCAAGCAAUGGCUUUCCGCACUUGGUGCGCCUGCGCAUUACGAAUCCGCAUUCGGAAUUAUGUUAAUCUCUGGAAUUGCAUUAAACUUUGUUUUCGGUAUGUUUAUCGCUUCUCUUCUACACCCAGUAAUUCUUUAUAAAUAUCGCCUUACAAUCAAUAGAGGAUCGAGAAAAAAUUCUAUUAAUCACGAAGUGUAUAUCAACACCGCGGCUAUUUCUGCAUCAAAUAAAAGUUUCUAA